AUGAGGCAGUUGUUGUAUAUUAUUCAAGGGUUGAUGGGGUGUGGUGUGGAGCCUCGUGUAGAACUAGCUUUACGACGAACCUUGUUCUUUGGUUUAAUACUCCUUCUUUACCUAGUUUUUGGUGCCUUUAUCUUUUCGGCUUUACCAAAACGACAACAGACCUUGAAAUGUGAAAAAAGUGCGGCACGGUUGGAUGCGCAACGAAGCGAAAUGUUAAAUGUGCUGUGGGCAGAGACCAUGGCCCAGUCAGAACAUGAAUGGUUCCUGAUGGCAAAUCAGAAACUGGAUAUCUACGAACGGUUUGUGCUCAAUUCAUGUCGAAGAGUUGCUACUUCACCAUCAAAAUCAUUCAAUAAAGCAUUUAUACAUGCUUUUACCCUGAUAACUACAAUCGGAUUCUUGGAUGAAGAAAAUUUCUCGCCAAUCGGUAAAAUAGCAGCUAUGAAUUACGCUAUCAUUGGCAUACCGCUGGCACUUUUAUACCUUGCUCAAUGCUCGAAAAUGUUCGCUGGUCUAUUACCGGGUAACCAUAUACUUAUCGCAGCACUUGUAGCUAUUUUCGCAACAGCGAUUGUUUCCGACAUCCUCGAGGAGUCGAAUGAUGAUGCGCCGUUCAUCGAUACCCUCUUCCAUGUAUUUCUAAUGUUGUCAACAGUAGGAAGCUGCAGUACUGAACCACCUGUCGCAUUGAUCCUUGUCGCCUUGUUCUCCGUUGGUCUGAUAUCUGUAUCUUAUGUAUUGAUCGAUCGUCAAAUCGAACAUGCUUUGCAGGGAUUCGAAUUGCUGUUUAGCAAGUAUUUUGGUAUACUUCGUCGUUCGAUGUGUAGUAAAGAUGAAGUUGAGGAGAAUAAGAUAAUUGAGGAGGAAGAAGAGACCGAAUCCGAUACAUAG